AUGUACAUAAAUUCAUAUGUUAAAUUAAUGGCGAUCAAUUCCCUGUCCGCAGGACGAGUAAGCCAACCAGAAGGGCGCAUUAUCGGUGGAGAAACCAUUGAAAUCGAACAGACACCCUGGCAGGUGUCCUUGUUACAUAAUGGCGGCCUUAGGUGUGGGGGCUCUUUUUUCAUUACUGCGGCCCAUUGCUUUUUUGAUAAGUUCGGAAGACGACAUAGUGACCAGGAAUUUCAAGUUCGAGCGGGAUCCGCCGUAACAGACUUCAAUGGAAAUCUUGUCGAAGUAGUCGCCAUAAAAAUACAUGAAAAUUUUCGUGGACAUAUCAACGACAUCGCCAUCGUGCGCUUAAGUAAGCCACUCGAGUUCACAAACAAAGUUAUGCCCAUUCCUUUGGCCACGACGAAUCCUUAUCCUGGAACGACUGCCUUCGUCUCUGGCUGGGGAUUAUUCUUAUUUCCUAAAAAUCUUCAAGGAUUAACCGUUUACAUUCAAAGUCUUGACUAUUGUGGAUUAUUUGAUCCAUCGAUAGUAUGUGCAGGAACUUUUAGAAGGGCGACUUGUAGAGGAGACUCUGGAGGACCAUUGGUAGUUAACAACGAACUUGUGGGUGUUGUCACCGGCAGUUUUGACCUCAAUUGCAUGUCUAGUACAUCCUGCGCCAGUGUCCCGUAUUUACGUGAAUGGAUAUUAACUACUGUUGCCUCAAUUUAA